AUGGAAAGCAAAUUAAACUUGAUCAAGACUCUAUUAAAUUCAAUUGUAACUAGGUGGAAACUGUUAGAUAAAUUAGAUUUAAGUGCAAAAGCAAUAUUUGAAAAUUUAAUUAACAUGUAAGAUUAAUUAAUGUAAUUGUUUACAAUAAUAUUUAAUAUUUUAGGGCAAUUUAAAAGUAAAAAUAUGAUGAUUGUUUAUAUUUUGCAGAAAUAGAUGAUUUAGCAUAAUUUAAAAUAUCAAUUGAAAAAGAACUAUCAUUUUUAUAAUUAGAAAAUAAUAAUAAAGAAUAUGUAUACCACAAAUGAUAAUUUAGUUUGAAAUUAUUGAAAAAAUUUACGAAACUUUUUAAAAUCUGAAUAAAAUUUUACAAGAUUAGAAAGUUCCAAGCUCAAAAGCCGGAUAAUUAAGUAUCAUUUUAGAUCGAAUGUAAAUUUAUUAUUAUAAUUUAGAUAAAUUUUGAUAAUUCAAUUGCAAUAAAAUCACAAAAUUAGAGUAUCAAUUAAGGAUCACAAUAAUUAUAGAUAUGCAUUGCUAAAUUAUUUAUAUAAACCUAUAGUAGAUGAUUUUUCUUAAGUGAUUGAUAUUUUGGUGUAAUUUUGA